GUUUCUGAGACUACAUCAGCUAAGACACCAGAACAACCAGCAAAGUAAAACAAAGUGGAAAGAAGGUGGAAAGAACAAAUAGCCAAGCAGCUGAAGAAACUGAAAAAGAAGGUCCUCUCAUUCUGAUUGUGAAGAUUCAAGGCAACUCCUACAUUUUGCCUCUACUAUUACAUAUUUCAGAUGGCUUUAACCAAUUCUUCAGAAUGCAAUAUUUAUUCUCAAAUGCAGCCAUUUACUUAUAUUUAUUAUUUGAUCUUUCUUAUUGGGUUCAUUGGAAGCUGCUUUGCCCUCUGGACUUUCCAGCAGACAGAGCAGCAUCGCAAAUGCAUGAAUGUCUACUUAAUUAAUCUUCUGACAGCAGAUUUUUUGCUGACCCUUGCCUUGCCAGUGAAAAUAAUAGUAGAUUUAGGAGUUGCCCCAUGGAAACUAAAAAUAUUCCACUGUCAAGUCACAGCUUGCCUGAUCUAUAUUAAUAUGUACUUAUCAAUCAUAUUCUUGGGAUUUGUAAGCAUGGACAGGUGCCUUCAGUUAACACAGAGAUACAAGAUCUAUAGGAUUCAGGAACCUAGUUUUGCCAAGAUGAUAUCAGCAGUUGUAUGGAUAAUGGUUCUCUUCAUCAUGGUACCAAAUAUGAUGAUUCCAAUCAAAGAGAUCAAAGAAUCGUCAAAUGUAGGAUGCAUUGAUUUCAAAACAAAAGUGGGGAGAGACUGGCAUGUGUUCACCAAUUUCAUAUGUACUGCAAUAUUUUUGUAUUUUUCAGCUAUGGUGCUUAUCUCUAAUUUUCUUGUGAUCAGAUUACUGUAUCAGAACAAAUAUACAGAAAGCUAUCCCAGUGUAAAAAAAGCUCUGGUAAACAUACUUUUAGUCACUGCAAGCUACAUCAUAUGCUUUGUUCCUUAUCAUAUUGUUCGGAUCCCGUAUACUCUGAGCCAAAGUAAAACUAUAAUUACAGACUGUUUUAUCAGAGAAUCUCUCUACAAAGCAAAAGAAUCUACCUUGCUAUUUGGUGUAUCAAAUCUAUGCUUUGAUCCCAUUUUGUAUUUUUAUCUUUCAAAGACAUUUAGAUUAAGAGUGACUAAAACUUUUGUAUCAUUUAAAGAUAGACAUAUUCCUGUAGGUGAUAAAGAAAUGCAUGGAGAAAAAAUAUCACAGUUUAAUGUUUCAGUUGAGACUGCAGUCCUUUCCACAUGAACAGUUCAUUGGACAUUAAAAAUGCAUUUGUCUUCCCA